GGACCUGUGAUGAGUUUGAAAUUUGGACCAUCUUGGAUUUUCUGAAGGACUCCAUGCGUCUGCACCCUCUUGAGCUUCCCUCUCUUCCACCGUGGCACCUUGCACCUCUGGUUAAACCUGUUGUUCAGUUUUGCUUUACAAAGCAAGUUUCUUCAGAAGAAGAAGAAGGGAUUUCAUUUCCAGAAAGUGUAUGUUGAUUCACAUGUCACAUCGAGAGCCACUCUGUUAGUUGUCCUCAAGUUCUUUAUCAGAACAUGUCCUCACACAGCUGUACACUCCUUGUGACUGCCACAUGCUGCAAAAGGGGAUCUGACUAAUUCCUGCCCUGCUUGGAGACCUGUGUAUGUGUGCUUCCAUUUGCCAGUUGAAAGUUGUUUCUUCGCAAGUGUACGAAGAAACAAAUGCAAGCUUGAGGUGCUCUUUCAGAGAAGCAAAUGAUUUAUGCCAGCCAUGUCACUAGCUGAAUGGGUUUCACAACCCUCUGACUCUGUGGGCCUUUGUUAGUAGUCACACUGGGAAUUGUUGACCUGCAACGUUAAUGUUGAGCGUGUUGUGUUUUAAGGUUUUGAGGAAAAUGCAGAGACGGCAUAGCAGCAACACUGACAACGUUCCUCCUGAAAGAAACCGGAGCCAAACAGUCAGUUCUGAAACCAGCGUGGAUGAAAGUGGAGUUUUUGAAAGUCUGAAGGCUGAAGCUUCCUCACCACAACAGCUGUUCUCAGGCCUGGCAGGUAUCCCGUCGGGCACCAUCACAGCCACGCCAUUCCAGUCAGGUCUGGUUCUGGGCUCUUCAGCAGGAGGUGGGGAAGUAUUCAUUCAGAUGCCAGCCCCAAGGGAGGAAGGGACCAGUCGUACGGAAGGAGCCCCAUUUCACCACCGGCAAUCGUCCCAUCAUUUCCACCAUGGCCAUCACCGGGGUUCAUCUCUACUGCACAUAGCAGGAGGGGACCGCCACGGGCAUGCUGAGGAAGGCAGUGACGAACAAGCUGGAACUCCAGCCCCAGCUCUUUCAGAGUUAAAAGCUGUGAUCAGUUGGCUGCAGAAGGGACUUCCCUUCAUCUUGAUCCUUCUGGCUAAAGUUUGUUUCCAGCAUAAGCUUGGGAUUGCUGUGUGCAUUGGUAUGGCCAGCACAUUCGCAUAUGCUAACUCAACACUCCGAGAACAGGUUGCUCUGAAGGAGAAGAGAUCAGUGUUGGUUGUCUUCUGGAUCCUGGCCUUUCUCACUGGAAACACCUUGUACUUGCUUUACACAUUCAGCUCUCAGCAGCUGUACAACAGCCUUAUAUUUCUGAAACCCAACCUUGAGAGGCUGGACUUCUUCGACCUGAUGUGGAUUGUGGGAAUAGCAGACUUUGUACUGAAGUACCUCACCAUCGCAUUGAAAUGCCUAAUUGUUGCCCUGCCUAAGAUCAUCCUAGCUGUCAAGUCAAAGGGAAAGUUUUAUCUGGUUAUUGAGGAGCUGAGCCAGCUGUUCCGCUCCCUUGUCCCUAUCCAGCUAUGGUAUAAAUACAUCAUGGGAGAUGAUCCAUCCAGCAGCUACUUCCUAGGUGGGAUCCUGAUCAUCCUGUAUAGCCUCUGCAAGUCUUUUGACAUCUGUGGUCGUGUGGGAAGUGUCCGGAAGGCACUGAAGGUCCUUUGCACCCCACAGACCUAUGGAGUUCGUGCUACCAGCCAGCAGUGCAGUGAGGCAGGUGACAUCUGUGCCAUUUGCCAAGCAGAAUUCAGGGAACCUUUGAUCCUUAUGUGCCAGCAUGUGUUUUGCGAAGAAUGCCUCUGCCUCUGGUUUGACAGGGAGAAAACCUGUCCUCUUUGUCGUUCUGUCACAGUAGAAACCCUGCGUUGCUGGAAAGAUGGCACCACCUCUGCUCAUUUCCAGGUGUAUUAAAACCAAUACGUACUGACAAAUGGAAUAACAUGUGCGGAGAGAAGAAAAAGCUGGAAAAGCUGGUGAUCCCGUGCCCCUAUUUAGUUGCCUGUGGAUUUGUUGUCUUCGUCUUUCUUCCAGCUCUGUUUCUCCAGAGCCAACGGAACAACAAUUGUUACUAGCCAGAAACUUUGUCCUCAAAGGCAAGAAAGAUGUGUUUUAUGUUAUGGCAAACUCCAUGGCUAAGCUACAGCCGAGAUUUUUUCUUGAAUUUACAUGGUUAUAAACUGCCUGGGAUGUUUCCUUUUUUUCUGUCCUUUUAGUAUAGAUAAAUAUUGCGUGUAUGAGGCAAGCGUACUGUGAAUUGCAUGUGUAUAACCUGGCAUACUGGAAACAAGCUGUCCUCCUCUGGCUCAAACCACUGGUGAGAUUUUUCACAUUAAAUGGCCUCAGCUUCCCUGAAUCCGUAACUUCAUAGAAUUACGCUGUUGCUGUUGUAUUACCUUUGAGAACUCUUCCAAAAUGGUGCUUCAGAACCACGUGCCCAAAGUUUGUUUGGGGUUGGAGAAACGUCAUUUCCCAGCAGCUGUGUUUUUGCAACUGAUUCCACAAAUUGCACGUGUUGUCAUCUUAAUGAAAUCUCAAGGAACUUGGGAAAGACUAUGCUAGUGAAGCUGGAAAUGACACUUGCUUUUCUUGGGAAUGUUUUUCCUCUUUAAUUUUCAUGAUCAGGCUUUCUGAUUUCCUAGCAUAUGGGGAGAACAGUGGGAGGCAGGGAGAGAUUAAAGUCAAGUUUGAUUUGUCUAGGUGAAAAGUUAAGGUCCUAACCAAAAGCAUCUCACAAAUUCAGGUGUCUUUGCAAUAUGCCCCUCAGUGGAGCCACUUGAGGCAAGGCUUACUGCCUUUAAAACCAGCGCCACUGAGCAUCCAGAACCUGCCUGGGUCCAAAACCAGAAAAAACAUGCUCACGCAGCACUGAGCCCAUGCGCCGCUGUUGAUACCAGAAAUGCUGGGGCAUCAGGAUACGGGGCCCCCUGGAGAGACGGGAUUUAGUGAGACUUACUAGCUUGAGGGCAGAAUUAUACAGAAGCAGCUGCAUUGCUUCAGGAGCCAGCCUGGUUUAUACGCAAGCUGGAUAAUCCACCUGUGAUGGUGGAGACUUGAUUGUAACACCUCCGCUUCAGAAAAAGCUCUUCGAGGAGACACCUUGUAUUGUUAACAGGAGAAUUAACAUACUUUAUAUUGCUGCAAUUUCCA